AUGUCGGUUAGCCUGGCGUCACAAAUGUUCUUCGACCAGUUCGACUACGACAUGGCCGAGGUGUCGAUCUGGUCAUCUACAGGGAUGGCCACCACCUCGGCUUUAACGACACGCUGCCUCAACUGCCAGCAGUAUUUGACGAGUGGCGGACCGCAAUGCGAAAAGUGCCGGAAAAACGAGGAGAAGUACGGCCCACCGGAGAGCUGCAUGUACUGUAGUCUGCCGGCAGCGUUUAACGAGAAGAAAUGCGUGCAUUGCCAUCACUCGGAACGUCGAAGCGGCCCGCCCGUCCCGUGCGCCAACUGCAAGAUCAAGUCGGCGUUCACCCCCAGCUCCAGCAGCGUCAUCCCCACCAAGCAAGCCAACCUCGAGCCGCCACGCGCCGUCAACUCGCAGAGCCUUGUCGAGAUGCAACAGCUCCAGGAAAAGGUGGAGAGUCUGCAGCGUACGGUUAAAGAACGAGAUGCUGACAUCCAGUCAAAAAAUUCUACCAUCGCCAACCUAAAAGCCGAGAUCGCGGCCGGGGAGCGGAAAUUCCGGGAGACGUUCGCCCAGUUGGCCAAGGAGAAGGAGCAGGCCAUCGAGCUGAUCCAUCAGAAAUACAGGGAUCAGGCGCGACAGGAGCGCCAAGAAAAGGCCGAAAAGGAGAAGCAGGCGCAGAUUGAGAAGGAGCGGAGGGCCAAGGAGAAAAAGGCGCGAAAGGAGAAAGAGCAAAAGGAAGCCGAGGAAAAGGCCAAGAAGGAGAAGGAAGCUGCCGAAAAAGCCGCAAAGGAGAAGGAGAACAGUGCGCCAGCUGUUGUCAAGAAGGAAAAGACACCGGAAGAAGAGAGCUCGAAGAUUAAGGAAGAGCCAAAAAAGGAGGAGGAGGACGAGGAGCACGAUGAGGAGAAGGAGACCAAGAAGGAGGUGGAAAAAGAUGAGGACGACGAAGAGGAGGAGGAUGAGAAGAAACCGGAAAAGCAAUCCGACUCGCCAAAGCCAGGAUCAAAGAAAGCGGAGAGCCACGAUGAAGCCGACGAUUCCGAU